AUGGUUGAGCGGCCGACUCCAGACGUGCCAAGUCGCUUUGCUACCCAUUCACUAGUCUCAUCCAUGAACGAGGCUGUUCCUCCAAGUCACGAGGAACAUGACAGAAGUCGACAGACUGUACCUGAUGAGGCCGCGAGGGACACUCCCUCGUCUGGCGAGACUACCAUAGCCCACGAUGCUCCAGUGGAAGCAUCAUACCAAGAUACAAGCGAGCACGCCUAUCCUCACAGCAUGUCGUCCGCCUCUUCAGUAACAGACACAUCGGACGGCUCCACAGGAGGAAGAACAGACUCCAAGUUUGAACCUCUCAGGGCCGCCUCUACAUCUGAAGACAGGCGCCUUCAGCAGCACAGGAGCGUCCAGUCAGAGGAGGACUUGUUCAAUGUCUUGUCGCGUAGAAGAACAAGCGCCUCGGGCAAAACCGAGGCACAGCUUCAAGAGGAAAACGACGAAAUAGAGAAACUCAUGUCCCGGAUGUUCGGUAAAGCUCGACAGGCGCACAGCGAGGAAGAGAAGACCCGCCACAGCGGCGUUGUGUUUCGCGACUUGACGGUGAAAGGUGUCGGAUUGGGCGCCAUCCUUCAGCCCACCGUGGGCGAUAUUUUCCUCGGCCUGCCCCGAAUGAUCAAAACCCUCUUCACCAAAGGCGCAAAGGCGGCUGUCGGCAAGCCGCCCGUGCGAGAACUUCUUAGCCAUCUGGAUGGCUGUGUCAGACCUGGAGAGAUGCUGCUGGUUCUCGGAAGACCAGGUUCGGGCUGUUCCACCUUUCUCAAAGCGUUCUGCAACCAGAGAGAGGGGUUCGAGGCUGUUCAAGGACGAGUUACCUACGGUGGCAUUGAUGCAAAGACCAUGAAAAGGGAUUUUCGUGGAGAAGUUAUUUACAAUCCGGAAGAUGACCUUCAUUAUCCGACGUUGACAGUCAAACACACUCUGAUGUUUGCCCUAAAAACUCGGACUCCGGGCAAAGAGUCGAGAUUGGAAGGAGAAUCUCGGGCAGAUUACAAGAAAGAAUUUCUGCGAGUGGUCACGAAACUGUUCUGGAUCGAACACACCUUGGGCACGAAAGUAGGCGAUCAGUUUGUUCGAGGAGUCUCUGGUGGUGAAAAGAAACGAGUCAGCAUAGCAGAAGCUAUGAUCACUAGGGCUUCUGUUCAAGGCUGGGAUAACUCCAGUCGAGGUCUGGAUGCAAGUACCGCACUCGAGUAUGUCCAGUGCAUUCGUACCCUCACCAACAUGGCCCAUACUUCCACAGCGGUGUCCUUGUAUCAAGCUGGAGAAUCGUUGUACCAACUUGUCGACAAGGUCCUGCUGAUUCACGAAGGUAAAUGUCUGUACUUUGGGUCAGCUGAUGAUGCCAAACAAUACUUCACCGACCUUGGUUUUGAAUGUAAGCCACGUUGGACGACUUCUGAUUUCUUAACCUCGGUUACCGAUCCGCAUGCGAGGUCUGUUAGGAAAGGGUGGGAAGAUCGAAUUCCACGAAAUGCAGACGAAUUCGCUGCUCUCUAUCGGAAAUCCGAGGCCUAUCAACGAAACCUUGAAGACAUUAGAGACUUUGAAGCUCAGUUGGAGGAGCAACGGGAAUCUGGUGAGCCGAACAUCGCAAAGAACAACAAGAAGAACUACGCCAUUCCUUUUCACAAACAGGUUCUCGCAUGCACUCAGCGGCAGUUCUUGGUUAUGCUGGGCGACCGAGCUUCCUUGAUCGGGAAGUGGGGAGGCAUUGUAUUCCAGGGACUAAUCGUGGGAAGCUUGUUCUUCCAGAUGCCAGAAACAACUGCUGGAGCCUUCCCCAGGGGCGGUGUCAUCUUCUUCGUUCUUCUUUUCAAUGCCCUACUGGCUUUGGCAGAAAUGACUGCCGCCUUCGCCUCCAAACCGAUCCUCCUGAAGCACAAAUCAUUCUCCUUCUACCGUCCCGCAGCAUAUGCCCUCGCACAAACGGUCGUCGACAUCCCCUUGAUAGCCAUCCAGGUCCUACUGUUUAACAUCAUUAUAUACUGGAUGGCCGGGCUUGCCGCUUCUGCUUCUCAGUUCUUCAUCUCCUGUUUCAUCAUCUGGACCGUCACAAUGGUAACGUACACUUAUUUCCGCAUGCUCUCCGCCCUCUGCAAGACUCUGGACGAUGCUACUCGUUUCACCGGCGUCUCAAUUCAAAUAUUGGUUGUGUAUACUGGCUAUCUCAUUCCACCGCACCAGAUGAAGGUUUGGUUCAGCUGGCUUCGGCGAAUCAAUUGGAUACAGUAUGGAUUUGAAUGUCUCAUGGCCAAUGAAUUUACUGGUCUAAUUAUGGAAUGCGUGCCUCCCUUUCUUGUCCCUCAGGGCCCAAAUGUACGACCUCAGUACCAGUCGUGCACAUUAGCUGGUAGCCGACCGGGUGAAACAACAGUGAAUGGAGCUCGAUACAUUCACCAGGCUUUCGGGUACAGUCGUUCCCACCUCUGGCGAAAUUUCGGCUUCCUAUGGGCUUUCUUCGCAUUCUUCCUCGCAUUGGCCGCUUUCGGCAUGGAAACAAUGAAGCCUAAUGCAGGUGGUGGCGCUAUUACCGUCUUCAAGCGUGGCCAGGUCCCCAAGAAAAUGGAGCAAACCAUUGAAACAGGCGGCCGAGACAAGAACUCCGAUCGGGACGAGGAGUCCAGAGGCUCGAUUCCAGCAAAUCUGAUGGAGAAAGUGAUGUCUCCUAGUAGUGAAAGCAACGAGUCCACGAGCACAAGGCAGGACGACUCCCUUCUGAAACAUGUGGCCAAGAACGAGACAAUCUACACCUUCCGGGACAUUAAUUAUGUCAUUCCCUAUGAAAAGGGUCAGCGGAAGCUUCUCCAGAACGUCCAGGGAUAUGUCCGCCCCGGAAAACUCACCGCGCUAAUGGGCGCAAGUGGUGCAGGAAAGACGACGCUCCUCAAUGCUCUUGCUCAGCGCAUCAACUUCGGCACGGUCACGGGUGAGUUUCUUGUCGACGGCCGACCUUUGCCCAAGUCUUUUCAGCGCGCUACGGGAUUUGCGGAGCAGAUGGAUAUCCACGAGCCGACCUCAACAGUGAGAGAAGCGCUUCAAUUCUCGGCUUUACUUCGUCAACCGAAAGAGGUGCCAGUCAAAGAGAAGUACGCAUAUUGCGAGACAAUCAUCGAUCUGCUCGAAAUGCGGGAUAUUGCAGGCGCAACGAUCGGGACGGUCGGUGAGGGCCUCAAUCAAGAACAGAGGAAAAGAUUGACUAUCGGUGUUGAGUUAGCCAGUAAACCCGAGCUGCUCAUGUUCUUGGACGAGCCAACCUCGGGCCUUGAUUCUGGUGCAGCAUUCAAUAUUGUGAGAUUUUUGAGGAAGCUAGCGGAUGCUGGUCAAGCUAUUCUCUGCACAAUCCAUCAACCGUCAGCGGUCCUCUUCGAACAUUUCGAUGAGCUCAUCUUGCUCAAGACUGGCGGUCGGGUUGUGUAUCACGGCCCUCUUGGUCAUGACUCGCAAGAGCUCCUUCAUUACUUCGAGGAGAAUGGAGCGCGGAAAUGUCCUCCAGAUGCAAAUCCCGCAGAGUACAUGCUCGAAGUGAUUGGCGCUGGCGACCCCAAUUACAAGGGCAGAGACUGGGGCGAUGUCUGGGAACAAAGCACGAACCAUCAAGCUCGAUCUGAUGAGAUAUCCGAGAUGAUCGAACGCAGGCAAAACGUGGAACAGAGUAAGAAUGUCAAGGACGAUCGAGAAUACGCCAUGCCUCUUGGAACGCAGACUAUGGCGGUAGUUAAGAGGUCGUUUGUCGCAUACUGGCGGACUCCAAACUAUAUUCUCGGCAAAUUCAUCCUUCAUAUCAUGACUGGCUUGUUCAGCACCUUCACUUUUUACCACCUCGGCUUUGCCUCUAUCGAUAUGCAAUCACGUCUCUUUGCUGUCUUCCUGGUGCUCACAAUUUCUCCACCGCUCAUUCAACAACUGCAACCCGUCUUCAUUCAUUCUCGAAAUACAUUCCGGUCCCGAGAGAACAAUGCUAAGAUUUACAGCUGGUUUGCUUGGACGACAGGUGCUGUUCUCGCCGAAAUCCCUUACUCCUUGGUCGCUGGAGUCAUCUUCUACUGUUGUUGGUGGUUUGGAAUCGCCGGCUACCGCACUUCGACCUCAUCUUUCACCUCAGGCUUCCUAUUGCUUUGUAUACUGCUCUUCGAGUUGUACUAUAUCAGCUUCGGGCAGGCUAUCGCCUCGUUUGCGCCUAAUGAACUGCUUGCGAGUCUGCUGGUGCCGGUCUUUUUCCUGUUCGUCGUGAGCUUUUGUGGUGUUGUCGUGCCGCCGCACCAAUUGCCGACAUUUUGGCGAAGUUGGAUGUAUUGGCUGACGCCAUUCCACUACCUUCUUGAGGCCAUGCUAGGGUCAAUCAUUCACAACCAACCUGUCCGCUGCAACCGGGGAGAGUUUGCUCGAUUCAGCGCACCCCCAGGCUAUACCUGUCGAUCAUAUACACAACAAUAUAUAGCUCAAGCCGGCGGCUACGUUCAAGUCGGAGCCGAUGGUCUUUGCGAGUUCUGCCAGUACGCGAACGGUGACCAAUUCGGACAUGGGUUCUCGGUAUACUACUCUCAUCUCUGGCGGAACUUUGGGAUUUUCAUCGGGUUUAUCGUGUUCAAUUACGCCGUCGUUUAUGCGGCAACGUUCCUAAGGUUCAAGGCGAAAAAUCCAUUUAGGACACUGCUGAUGAGAAGGAAACAAAUGAACGGUUAA